CGUGCCAUGGGGUCCUGCUCAGAGCACCACCCGCCUUGCUGGGCCUCCAGUCUCCUGGGGUUCAUCAGCCUCCUCCUCAGUGUCUGCAGUGCUGUGGCUGAGAGUUCUGGGGCACACGGCUCUGCAGUUAAGGAUUCCGGAGCCCACGUUCCUCUGAAGGGGAUCCGAGGAGAGUCUGUCUUGUUUGAUGUGACCAAGAAGGCAGGAGCAGUUCUGGAAGCUGAGCUGGAGGAGGUCUUCUGGAGCUUUACCCCUGAGUCAGACUACAGAGUCAUGUUUCGAAUCCAGAGAGGCAUCCAGGCUCCAACCUGGUUCAGCCUCCAGGACAAAUUCCAGCAGAGGGUCCAGGUGCCCAGCUUGUCCUCCCUGAAGAUUGAGAACCUGACCCUUGAGGACAGUGGGCAGUACCGAGCUCAAGCCAGGUUAAUGGAAGGAAGAGAAGUUAUGCAGUUUUUCCACCUUACUGUCUAUGAGCUCGUGCCCCAUCCCCACAUCCUGGCUCAGUCACCAUCCAUCGGACCAGGCUGGUGCAAUGUCACCCUGGAGUGCAGGGCUCCAGGGGCCAUAAGGGACCUUAACGUGACCUGGGAGAGCAGGGGCCUCCUCAGGGAAUUGGAACAGAGAGGGACACCAGGACAAGCCUUUAACUCCUGGAGCCUGGUUGUGAGUUUGCCCCUGAGCCAACCCGAUGCCAGCUUUACCUGUGUGGUCAGCAACCACAUGGACCAGAAAACUGCUACCAAAGAUCUUGGGGACAUCUGUGUCCAAGGAGCUGCUGGAGGGUCUGAUGUGUCAGUGUCACUUAAAACCGCCUGUGACCUUCUCCCCUGA